UGGAGGAGGCGUUUGCGCAUCGCACUCACUGCUGCUGCUGCUGGUGCUGCUGCUGACACAGAAACCGGCUGUCCUGCACUGAAACGGGGCACACAACUGCCACCGCUCACCAUCUCACCUGGAGGGAUCUGUGGCACCUGACGCGGUCAUCACCCGGCAGCCUCACCAUGAUCAAGAACGGACAUCACCACCACCAAGUGAACACAGCAGCCGGGAAAGACGCAGGGACGACCCCCGGCGCUGCAGCGUGCAGUCCCGAGAAGAGGAGGCGAAGAAUCCGGGUGUGGUGCGAUGGCUGCUAUGACAUGGUCCAUUAUGGACACUCCAACCAGCUGCGACAGGCCAAGGCUAUGGGAGAUUACCUCAUCGUUGGAGUACACACAGAUAGUGAGAUUGCGAAGCACAAGGGUCCGCCAGUCUUCACUCAGGCAGAAAGAUACAAGAUGGUGCGGGCCAUAAAGUGGGUGGAUGAGGUCGUGGAAGGAGCGCCUUACGUUACCACCCUCCAGACCCUCGACAAGUACAACUGUGAUUUCUGUGUGCAUGGAGAUGAUAUAACUCUAACAGUGGAUGGGAAGGACACAUAUGAAGAGGUGAAGAAGUCAGGGCGGUACAGGGAGUGUAAGAGAACCCAGGGAGUUUCAACCACAGAUCUGGUUGGCAGGAUGCUACUGAUGACCAAAGCACAUCACAGCAACAUUGAUAGUUCAGACUAUCAGCAGCACACAGACAACUUUGGAAAGGGGUCGCAUGGUCAGAAGGGCCACAGUCCCUGGACCGGGGUGUCUCAGUUCCUGCAGACUUCACAGAAGAUCAUCCAGUUUGCUUCAGGCCAGGAGCCUCAACCUGGAGACACUAUCAUCUAUGUGGCAGGAGCCUUUGACCUCUUCCACAUUGGCCAUGUGGACUUCCUGGAAGCAGUACAUAAGCUCGCAGAAAAGCCAUACAUUAUAGUGGGGUUGCACUUUGAUCAGGAGGUGAACCGCUACAAAGGGAAAAACUACCCCAUCAUGAAUGUCCACGAGAGAACCCUCAGCGUCCUGGCUUGUCGAUAUGUGUCAGAAGUGGUGAUCGGUGCACCCUUUGCAGUCACAAAAGAUUUGCUGGACCAUUUCAAGGUGGAUCUUGUAUGCCAUGGAAAGACUGAAAUAUAUCCUGACAAGGAUGGAUCCGACCCUUAUGCUGAGCCGAGGAGGAAAGGAAUCCUGCGCACCGUUGACAGUGGGAACAGCCUCACUACAGAUGCCAUUGUGCAAAGGAUAAUCAAAAACAGGUUGCUAUUUGAAGCGAGGAACCAGAAGAAAGAGGCCAAAGAGAUCGCUGUGAUCCAGGCCAUGAAGCGACAAGAGGAGGAAAAGACUACAGAAAGAGCCCAGGCCGUGCUGUAGGAAAAGCCUUGACCGAGCACCGUAGACCACGUGUCAACAUCAAACUGACAAGCUCAAUGAAUCUAGACUCAUGUACAGGAAAAUCAGCCCUUUUCUAUGUGUUAUGACACCCUCCACACACGAUCCUGGUUAGUAACAGCAGUCCUUACAACAGCCCGUUUAUGGCCAGGGCGCCGGCAUAGUCUGCUGUGGGAUCAUCAGGUAUACAACGUGUGUGUGUGUGCGUGUGCGUGCGUGUGUGUGUGUGUGAGAUCUUCUGUGUAUUAAUAUAUUCAGCAUAUGCAAAUACAUGUUCAUGUCAGUCAACAAUCACUCAUACAGAUGUCUAACUAAGCAGUUAUGGACAGAAAAAAAAAGUUGAAACAAGGAAGACCUAUUUUAUGUCUUUGGAUAUUUUUAAUUCCUUUUAUUUUUUUGCCUUCAAAAAUGAAUUUUUAAGUGAUUAUAUUACAGGAUUUGGACAUAUGAAGGGCAAGUGUGGGAACCUGAGAUGUUGAGGCAUUAAACUGUAACCAGGAAGUGAUUUGAUCAGUCAUUUCCAUGGGGUCGUUGCUGCUUUCUGCCCAGCAAUGGGUGUAGCCCCACAACUGAUCUAUCAAUGUAUAUACUGUACGUACUGUAUCUAUGUAUUAUAGAGUCAUUAAAGGCUCUCUGGAGGAUGCUAAAACCACGAGAGAAUCAGGGGAGGAAACCCCCCGCCUCUCUGCAUCUAACUUGGGUUGUUUGGACGUGAGAAGGUGUUGAAACUCUUUCGGGACCUCAUGUACAUAUCAGACCUUUCUCCAGACUGCACUGACUGCUCAGAAAUCAUCAGAACUGUUUCUGUUUUACUGGUAGAGCAGGUUUUUAACUCGAAAAUGCACACUGUCAAGACCUGCACGCCUGGCCUUUUGAGUGCAAUUGUAUUUUUUUUAAAACCACUUCUUAGGUUUAUCCUAACAUAGAGAACACUAGAGAGUUUUAACAGACUGCUUUUAACCUUUAGUUUUAUUAGUAGAACCAGAGAACUAUGACAGAUGCUCAGUGUUGUUGACUUGAUCAUGAAAUAGACCUCUUACUGUCAUUGAGCCCUGAACAAUUUAACCUCUGUCUCUAUAUCAAAUGGGAUUAAAUAAUAUAUUUUUUGUAGAUGUAUAUUUUACUCACCUCCUCUCCAUUAACUACUGUAUAGAUGGUUUCAUAUUGUUUAAAAAAAAGCAUAAUAAUCUGUCUGUAUGUCAAGUUGGAAUGUAUUCAGUGUAGGCUAUAAUGUAUAUGUUAUUGACAACUCUCAGUUGACAGAUACUGUAGGAACUGAUU